AUGUAUGACGGGACAGCUGACCCAGAAGCACACAUCAAGUCGUUUACCAAAGCUAUGGCGUUCCGGACCGGAUGCGAUGCCAUAUGGUGCCGAGCGUUCUCUUUGUCACUGGAAGGUGAAGCUCUGGAGUGGUUUGAUGCUCUCCCCAACAGAUCCAUUGAAAACUUCAGAGGCUUGAGUAGUCUGUUCAAGAGCCAAUUUGCGGCUUGCCGCGUACAAGAUGUCACCAUCGUUGACCUAAUGAGUUUAAAACAAGGUAAAGAUGAACUGCUUAAAGCAUUCAUGGACCGGUACCAGAAGACUAUACGACAAGUCAAAGGACUUAGCAUGGAGUUGGCCCUCCAAUAUAUAAUGUUGGCCUUAAGACCGAGACCAUUCAAAGAUAGUGUCUGUCGGACGCCACCCAAAACUAUAGAGGAGUUACGCCAACGAGCUGCGGACGAAAUCCGAGUGGAAAACAUGAAGCAAAAUUACAGAAAUGAGGCACAAGAUAGUAAAGCGGAGUGGUAG